CGUAUAAUAUUAUACCUCCCCCUUUGCGACUUGAAACUCUAUCAGUCUGAAACAUAAUAUCUUAUUCCUAUAAAGUGGCUCGAGAAGAUGAAUGAUUUGUCCGUUAUUCCCAUUAGAUGAGUGUUCUAGAUUGAAAAAUGUUUUUUUAGUCUAUCUGCACAUUUUUAACUUGCAAAGCGCACUUAUCAAAAGUUUACUUUGUAAUCACUGUUUGGUGGUCAUGGAUACUAAGAAAAUACAGAAUGAUACAAACACAUUUUUUGGCCGAUUUUCGCAGAUUGUUGAAGAGGCAUUUGGUACUACUGAACGAACAACUUACAGUCCUGAUCUAGCUGAGUUGAUGAAAGAAGGUGAAAAACGGAGAAACUGGGCAGUGAGCAUUUUGGAACAACUUGAAAAUGUGAUUCAACCGAAUCCAGCCCUACGAAUUGAAGAUCUUAUACUUAGAGGAAUGAAUAGAGAGAAAGUUCGCCUGAGUGCUAAUGAACAGUUAGGUGAAAGUAUGGAUCGUAUUAGUAGCCUAAUUAAUAAAAACUCACAAUAUGGUUCAUCGGGUGAUGCACUUAAGAAAUGUGCAAUGGCUCAAAUGGAAAUUGGACAAUCUGAAAGAAAAUUGCAAGAAACUGUCACUUCAGAAUACAUUAAAUGGUUACGCUCUUACAUAGCAUCUGAAGCCAAAUUAGCAAAACAAGAACGAGAAAAAUUGGAAAAUGCUCGAUUGGAUUUAGAUCGUAUUAAAACAUCAAAGAAACGUGCAAAAGAUAACAAACAACAUACAUUUGAUCAAUCGUUGAAAGAUGCCGAAUCAGCAUUCAAUAUUCAGUGUGAAACCACUAGACGUUGUUUACAAGAAAGCAUAGACAAAUUUGACUCACAAAAAGAAGAGUUGAAAAAACUUUUAAAAGCUCAAUCGGAACACUUUAGAGUGUGUUCAGAUGCAGUGGAAUCGGCAUUACGUGCGAUCUAAAAAAAUAUCCGGAAACUCAAACUAAUUCAAAACGAAACAAAAAUUGCGUCAGUCAGUGUGUAUCAUUAAAAACUAGAUAACAACAGAACCAUAUUUCAUAGAUCACAUAAAUUGAUUCUAUGCAAAUUUUAGUCAUCUAUAUGAUAAAGGUUAUUUAUGCAAUUUUAUGAAAAACCACUUUAACGUGCACCUUAACUUGAUUGUACAUUUUUUUUACUUAUUAUUCAAACACUUCUUACUGAUACUGUUUUUCUAGAAAACUUCUAUGUUUACUGUGUUUAAACUUCUGAUAUAAAAUAGUUUACACAUUUGUAUUCAUUAUUGUACAACUUUUUAAGAAGUAUACUUUUUUUGACUAUUCGUACGCAACACAUAGGGUUAGCUUGUUAGUCAUAAAUCAUAUGAACACAAAUAUGGAAUAUCCGACGUUUCUAUAAUUAGUAUCAGAACAGAACGAGAAAUUUAUCAGGAUGAAAAUGAAGGAGCUUCAAUCAUUUUUUGUUGAUAUUAUAGAAAAUCAAUGCGGCCGAAGCAAUGUUUGUAUAUAACAAAGGUAUGAGAGUUAGUAAUUCGUAUUUUCAGCUUGUUGAAUAUAGCCCAAUACGUACGAUCUGGUUGACGGAGAGACUUUGUUUUCGGUUAGCGAUUAAAAUGGUUUUGGAACUUGAAACUGAACACUGGUAGGGGGGUUAUUUUAGGUACAGAACUAUCGGCAAGACUAUAAUUUAUUAAUGAACCAAUCAGAUUUCAGAUCACAAGUCUUGGAUUUUGGUGCAAAAUUCAUUCACUUAUUUGGCUAUAUACCAUUGUGGUGUUAUAGCUGAUGCCAGUUCGUGAUGAAAACAUUAAUAGGUCAACCGCACUAAUAUAUAAACCUCAUUUAAUCCUAGUAGUUAAGUGGACAUUUCAAGAUCAUUUUAGCUUUGUUAAAAGGUCGUCAGUAAUCAUACGCUAAACGAAAUAAAAAAUAUACGACCCAACUGAUUUGUACAUAUGCUAUUUAUUUUAGCUACAUUUGUCAUUAAUUUUCGAGGUUUGAUCACAUCUAAUCUCUUUUACUAGUGUCUUACCAUUGUUGUACCUCCAUUAUACUGAGGAUCCAAACAAACCCAAUAUACAUCGACGUACGUCGUUGAAAAUGAUUUAUCAAAUUAGUUGUACUAGUAAUUCAAAUGCUGUCUGUUUGACCGGUUGAUUUUGCUUGUUCAAACAAAAGCUCACUUUUUAAUCCUGGUAAAAAAGCAAUAAGUUAUUAAAACUUUGAGGUAGAUCUACAUAAUUAAAUCAUUUAUGCUACAAAACAAGUGAAGUUACACUAUUAUAUACUGCCUGAUGAUAAGGAAACACUUUUCAAGUCCAUUCAAAUCUCAACUGUAUAUCUUUAAACAUUUAAUUUUCUUAUAACCUUUUCUAUUUAAUUAUAAUUACAGAAUGAAGAAACGAGGGUCCUUCUUUAAUAAUCAUAUUAAUAGUAAUAAAACGAAUGGAUUUCUGAUAAUGUUCCUCAACAUUUACAUCAUUUUAUCAUUUCGUAUUUACAAACUACUUAUAUUUCUACUUAAAUAUCUGUGAUACGUUUAGAAUUUUUUUGAAUGUCACUUUUUCAUACAAAUUUUUUCUUUAACAAUUACUUGUGUUGUUUCAUAACGAUUUCACACGUAUAAAAGGAAAUAAAUGCAGAAUAAAUGUUGAUUUCUUCCGCG